AUGGGCCCAUUUCCUCCAUCUUAUGGCAAUUUGUACAUCUUGGUAGUUGUGGAUUAUGUCUCAAAAUGGGUGGAAGCAAUUGCGUCUCCUACUAAUGAUUCUAAAGCUGUCAUGAAAUUCCUACAAAAGAAUGUUUUUACUUCUACUGCAUACCAUCCCCAAACUAAUGGGCAAGCCGAGUUGUCAAAUAGAGAGAUAAAAGGUGUCCUUGAAAAAGUGGUGAAUCCCAAUCGCAAGGAUUGGUCAAAGAGGUUAGAUGAUGCAUUGUGGGCCUAUAGAAAAAACUUCAAGACACCGUUGGGGAUGUCACCAUAUCGUUUGAUGUUUGGCAAAGCCUAUCAUCUACCGGUGGAGCUUGAGCAUCGUGCUUAUUGGGCUAUUCAAACACUCAACAUGGAUUUGCAACUUCUCAAGUCAAGGUGGUCUGGGCAAUUUGCUAUUAAUAAGGUCUAUCCUUAUGGGGCUGUGGAGUUUAGAGGAAAUGAAGGAGGUGAAUUCAAGGUCAAUGGGCAGAGGUUGAAACACUAUUGGGGUGGUGAGGUUGAGCGAAACAAGACCUCACUUACCUUACUUGAUCCUUGA